UAAUGCCCGCGGUGAUGGAGAAGCCGAGCGCGGGCUCUGGGAUCCUGUCCCGCAGCCGGGCCAAGACGGUGCCCAACGGCGGACAGCCCCACUCGGAGGAUGACAGCAGCGAGGAGGAGCACUCGCACGACAGCAUGAUCCGCGUUGGAACCAAUUACCAGGCCGUAAUUCCGGAGUGCAAGCCUGAGAGCCCCGCACGCUACAGCAACAAGGAGCUGAAGGGGAUGCUGGUGUGGUCACCUAACCACUGUGUGUCAGAUGCCAAGCUUGACAAGUACAUUGCGAUGGCCAAGGAGAAGCAUGGCUACAACAUUGAGCAGGCGCUGGGCAUGCUCCUGUGGCAUAAGCACGAUGUGGAGAAGUCGCUGGCCGACCUGGCCAACUUUACCCCAUUCCCUGACGAGUGGACAGUAGAGGACAAGGUGCUGUUUGAACAGGCCUUUGGCUUCCACGGCAAAUGCUUCCAGCGGAUCCAGCAGAUGCUGCCUGACAAGUUGAUUCCCAGCCUGGUGAAGUACUACUACUCUUGGAAGAAGACCCGCAGCCGAACUAGUGUGAUGGACAGACAGGCCCGGCGGCUGGGGGGCCGCAAGGACAAAGAAGACAGUGAUGAGCUUGAAGAGGGUCGAGGAGGCGUGAGUGAGGGAGAGCCCGAUCCUGGAGAUCCCAAGAGAGAGCCUCUACCCUCUCGGCCCCUGAAUGCACGCCCAGGCCCUGGGAAAAAGGAGGUCCAGGUGUCUCAGUACCGCCACCACCCCUUGCGAACCCGGCGUCGCCCACCCAAGGGCAUGUACCUGAGCCCUGAGGGCCUCACGGCAGUGUCAGGAAGCCCGGACCUUGCCAACCUCACACUCCGAGGUCUUGACUCUCAGCUCAUCUCCCUCAAGCGCCAGGUACAGAGCAUGAAGCAGACCAACAGCAGCCUGCGCCAAGCCCUGGAGGGCGGUAUUGAUCCACUCCGCCCCCCGGAGGCCAACACCAAGUUCAACUCCCGCUGGACCACAGAUGAGCAGCUUUUGGCCGUCCAAGCCAUCCGUAGGUAUGGCAAAGACUUUGGGGCUAUUGCAGAGGUGAUUGGGAACAAGACUCUGACCCAGGUGAAGACUUUCUUUGUGAGCUACCGGCGCCGCUUCAAUCUGGAGGAGGUGCUGCAGGAAUGGGAGGCUGAGCAGGAUGGGGCCCCUGGAGCCCCAGUCCCCAUGGAGGAGGCUAGGAGAGGGGCUCCAUUGCCAGCCCCAGCCCUAGAGGAAGAUGAUGAGGUCCAGAUUACAUCGGUCUCCACGUCUGUGCCCCGAUCAGUGCCCCCUGCGCUGCCACCCCUUCCACCUCCCACCUCGCUGUCCCAGCCGCCCCCACUGCUGAGGCCACCUUUGCCCACGGCUCCCACUCUGCUCCGACAGCCACCCCCACUGCAGCAGGGCCGCUUCCUCCAGCCCCGGCUGGCCCCCAACCAGCCCCCACCGCCUCUCAUCCGCCCCGCUCUGGCUGCCUCCCGCCACAGUGCCCGCCCUGGCCCUCAGCCCCCACCCACCUUGAUUGGAGCCCCUCUGGAGCCCCCAGCGCCCUCACUCUGAGCCCUGAUGUCCUCCACCAACCACAGGCUCCAGGACCCAGGCAUCUCUGGUGGUGACCCAGGCCAUCCCCAGGCAUCUCUGGUGUCACUGAGGACAGAAGGGACUAGGGCUCUGGCGGGGUCUUUGUAAGACCAGAGUGGCGGACAGCCCAGCCCUGCCCUUUGGGUUCUGCAUGUGUUCCUGGCAGCUGGGCCUGUCUCCUGGGGCCAUGGCCGGGCUCAGGGGCCUUUGAGCUGGCCUGAGGGCACUUUCGCUUCCUGGCCGGGACUGGAAUGGCUGCCUCCUAGUCAGCUGGGGCUUGGCCUCUGGGUCCUGCCCUUUGUGUGUCCGGGGUAGUGACCUUAGCGUGGAGUGGGGAGAGGGCAGUUGGGUGUGCUGGCUGUUCUCAUUCCUCUUUCCCUUCUUUUAGCAAUAAGUCUGGGGUGAGGUGGGGAGGGAGGCUGCAGGGGGGGAGGUGGGCAGAGGGGCCUUACAGCAGCAGAGGUUGGAAGAGAAGCUCUGCCUUCAGGGGCCAGCUGGGAAAUGCUAAGGAGCUGAGGGUGCCCACCAAGCCCACCUUCCAGAAACUUGGGAGAAAUGGGGGUUGGGAACUUAUGCAGACAUGGAUUUAUUUUUCAACAUUUUUUAAAAAUUAAAAAAAAAUAAAGUCUAA